UCACCACCACUCAGAGAAAGAGCAGGAGUAGCCAUUUGCAUGGCAGAGAGAGCAGAGCAGAGCAGAGAGAGAGAGAGGAAGUGGAAGUCAGACGUGUCAGAAUAGCUAAAGCUUUCAACGAUCAGGUUUGUGAUCCCCAAUGGCCAAUGUGGAAGGAUUAGGUAACUUAAAAGCUCAUGUCAGUGUCCCCCACUUGGUAGUUGCAUUUACUUUACUCUGCAGCUCAUAUGGGUCAGGUGUCCUUAAGUUUCACAAAUAAGGCACCAAUCAAUCUAGACCUUGAUUAAUAAAUGCUUUAGGAGGUCAAAACUGCCUCUCAUUGGGUAUUGUAAGACACUAGAUUACAGGAAGGAAGAGCAGUUCAGCAUAUAAACUUACAAUUUAAGUCACUGACAAAAGACACUAAGUUGGAUUUAAAGAGAAAGAAACCCAAUUGAUCAUGAAACUGGUUAUUACUGUCAGAAAAAAGAAGAGAGAGAGAUUCCUUUUCCCAAUCCUGGCAUCCCCUUUUUCUCACCAGUCAGUUUCCAAAGCCCAUACCAGUCUCUUUGUUCUGAACCAUUGUAUUUCCAUAAUUACACUCACAGACCCUUCACAUUUUCCAACACUCAGAAGCUUCUGAACUCUAUAUACAGCAGCAUCCUUCAUUCAUUCUUUGUUACAGGCACAAAUGGAGGAUCACAAGGAAACCAAUGAUGUUGAUGAUCAAUCAAGAAGGGUUUUUCCUUGCUUGUUCUGUUCAAGAAAGUUCUACAGCUCUCAAGCACUUGGAGGCCAUCAAAAUGCUCACAAGAAGGAAAGAACAGCUGCAAGAAAGGCUAAAAGGGCAUCUGAGUAUGCACCAACACCACCAUCACUGGUGUUUGCUCCAAAUCAUCACUUGGGCCUUCUACAGCCUCCAAUGUGUAUAACUGCUCAUGCAGCUAGCCUCAAUAACUUCCCUAAUCAGCCUUUCGGACCAAACUGUGGUGCAGCCAGGUUUGAGAAUGUAGUGCUUUAUGGAGGUCCAAGCUACACUUGGUAUAACCAAGUUGAUCAUCAAGACCAGCAAAGUUUCUUGAAUUGGCAGAGCAGCAGAAGAUGCAGCACUGGCUUCAAAAGUGGAGGAGAACAUGUAGCCGUGAUGAAUAAUCACCACAAUAAUGAAAAGAAUAGAGAUUCAAAGCUUGACCUCUCUCUCCAUUUAUGAAUUUUUUUCCCCUCCUGAGGCUUUUUUUCCCCCUGUUUUUGGUUUUUGUCAUCAUCAUAACCUUAACCCAAGAAAUUUAGGCCUUGCUAUGUAAUAAAAACUCUUAUUUGGAUUUAUGUCCAUAGGAUUUGGUGAAAUCUUUCAGUGAUUGUCAACCUAUCACAAUUCUCUGUCUGUGUUAUGAGGCAUAGUUUGGAUUUUGACCAUGUUUUUACAAUAAAAGAUUGAUUCUAAUUGGCCUUUGGUCAUAUUAGUGAAUGGUGUUCAAUUUAUGAUUUCAUGUCAUAGGGUCUAAAGGGCAAACAGUAGGGGAUAGCCUGGUUAGUUACCUACCUCUCAAGACUUAAGGAUUAAAAGAUGCCUGAGGUCGAGUGUUCGAAACUAACUGGGAUAUUUUCAAGGGUUCCCUAGUUCUAUGAGUUUCGCAACCCACUUACCCGCACGGGCUUCAGCCCGAUGUAAAGUGUCUGUCAUCAUAGUGCUAGCUAUGAC